UAACAACAAACCUAACGGUCCAACCUCUUCGACGUUGCCUCAUCACACUCUGAGUUAGCUACAUUUCAUAUAAUACAAAUUUGUCUUUUUUUUUAGGUAUUUAACUUCGCAACACGCAUUGAGAAACUGUCCAUUCACUGAGUCAGUGUUUGGAGGUUAUAUGUCGUUUUUGGCAGAAAAAGAGGGUCCGUGUCGGAUGCUUCUCCAGCGGUUUUGAAACAAGGCCAGAGGCUGAAGCAACAAGCCGGGAGACGUUUUUCCAACCCGCACGAUUAAAAAACUAAUUUAUCCAUAGGAGAGGAACGUGUGUAAACAACAUGAGAGGCUCAUACGGUGACAGGGAUCGAGACCGUGGCCGUGACAGAGGCAGUCCUCGGUUCGGCUCCAGCAGAGGUGGACCACCAUCGGGUAAAAAGUUUGGAAAUCCGGGAGAACGUUUACGCAAGAAGAGAUGGGACCUAGACGAGCUCCCCAAAUUUGAGAAAAACUUUUAUACUGAACACCCUGAAGUGCAGCGAAUGAGCCAGUUUGAUCUUGAGGAGUAUCGCAGGAAGAAAGAGAUCACAGUCCGAGGCACCGGCUGCCCAAAGCCUAUCAUCAGCUUCCAUCAGGCACACUUUCCCCAAUAUGUUAUGGACGUACUGAUGGAGCAAAACUUCAAGGAGCCUACAGCCAUUCAGGCGCAGGGUUUCCCUCUGGCUCUCAGUGGAAGAGACAUGGUGGGAAUUGCUCAGACAGGCUCCGGGAAGACCUUAUCUUAUCUCUUGCCUGGUAUUGUGCACAUCAAUCAUCAGCCAUACCUGGAGCGUGGAGAUGGACCCAUUUGUUUGGUGUUGGCACCCACAAGAGAGCUGGCUCAGCAGGUCCAGCAGGUGGCAUACGACUAUGGAAAAUCAUCCCGCAUCAAAAGCACUUGUGUGUACGGCGGCGCUCCAAAGGGACCUCAGAUCCGAGACCUAGAGAGAGGUGUUGAGAUUUGCAUCGCCACACCGGGUCGUUUGAUAGACUUCCUUGAGGCUGGAAAGACCAACCUGCGUCGCUGCACGUACCUGGUUCUGGAUGAAGCUGACCGCAUGUUGGACAUGGGAUUCGAACCACAGAUCCGAAAAAUAGUGGACCAGAUCAGGCCCGACCGCCAGACCCUGAUGUGGAGCGCGACUUGGCCCAAAGAGGUUCGCCAGCUGGCUGAGGAUUUCCUGAAAGACUACGUCCAAAUCAACGUGGGAGCUCUGGAGCUCAGUGCGAACCACAACAUCCUUCAGAUUGUUGAUGUCUGCAUGGAGAAUGAAAAAGACAACAAGUUGAUCCAGCUGAUGGAGGAGAUCAUGGCUGAAAAAGAAAACAAGACCAUCAUUUUUGUCGAGACCAAAAAACGCUGCGAUGACCUGACGCGCAGGAUGAGACGUGACGGAUGGCCAGCGAUGUGCAUUCAUGGAGACAAGAGCCAGCCAGAGAGAGACUGGGUUUUAUCAGAGUUUCGAAGUGGCAAAGCUCCGAUCCUCAUUGCGACCGACGUGGCGUCCCGUGGUCUGGACGUGGAGGAUGUCAAGUUUGUCAUCAACUAUGACUAUCCCAACUCGUCCGAGGACUACAUCCACCGGAUCGGCCGCACGGCCCGCAGCACCAACAAAGGCACGGCCUACACCUUCUUCACGCCCGGAAACCUCCGGCAGGCCCGAGACCUGAUCCGGGUGCUGCAGGAGGCCCGGCAGGCCAUCAACCCCAAGCUGCUGCAGCUGGUGGACAGCGGCCGUGGAGGAGGAGGAGGAGGUGGUCGUUCCCGUUUCCGUGGCAGCUCUAAUUCGAACAACCCCAACCUGAUGUACCAGGACGAGUGCGACCGGCGAAUGCGCACUGUGGGCGGCGGCAGUGGCGGCGGCAGCAGCGGCGGCGGCUCAAAGGACGGCCGCAGCAGCAGCAGCAGCAGCUACAGCCGCGGGGGGAGCAGCCGCGACGGGGAGCGCUCGUCCUCCUCCUCCUCCUACCGGGAUCGCAGGAACGGAGGGGGGAGCUACAGCUCCGGCUCCAGCUCCAACUCCAACUCCAAAUCCAACUCCUACGACCAGUUUCAGAACAGCAGCAGCUCCAGGAGCGACUCUGCCUCCGGGGGAGGGGCCGCGGCCGCCACCGCCACCCCGGCGCCGGCGCCCACGUCGGGCCCCCAGCCGCUCAUGGCCCAGCAGUUCAGCCCUCCGCAGUCCAUGAUGGGCCUGAUGGGGCACUCGCCCUUCCAGUUCGCCCCUCCCCCUCCGUCUCUGCCGGGGAGAAAGUGAUUGUCCUCCUCUCAGGGAGACGAAGCGGCAAACUGUUUCUGUUUUCAACAUUCCACUUCAGUGCGUUACGCUUUAAAGUUAUUCAACAGCAGGACAUUUAGAACAACUUAAUUUGUUCAUUAACUCCGUUAAAGGUUUGAUGAUCAGUAUAUGAUGAGUUUGAGGUUGAAAGGAGUGUCACAGUUCUCUUGAAGGAUGGGGAAAAAAAAAAAACAUUUUUGUACAACGGUGUUUUUGUAUUAAUGCUUUCUGUCUGUGAGCUCAUGCAGACGUACCCAAGGUUCCCUUUAGGUGUCUCAAAGGUAGGUGCUGCAGUUCAUUCUCAAAUGUAUAAGCUUGUUUAUUUCAGUUAUUAUUUCUAUUCUUGUGCAUUUUAAGACUUUGAGCCGAAAAAGACCAGUUGUGAGAAAAGUUACUUCAUUUGAGCUUCGUGUCGAUGUUUCGGUCUUUCAGUUUUCAAGUCACGAGCCUGGAAGAUGAGCUUUUCCUUAGAUUCGGUGAACAUGUUAUGAUUUGAAGUUCUAAUGGCCGAGCUAGUUCCUUAUCCGUUUGAUUUUGUCUUUAAUAAAGUGUUCCAAGUUCA